AUGAUUCUCACGGAUGCUGCUUUAGUGGCGAUCCCUACAGUUGUUGUUGUUCCACUCAAGGUGAAAUGGUCAAAACGCUUGACAGUGUUGGCAGGAUUUUGGGCACGUAUCUUUGUUAUCGCAGCUACCAUCGUCUAUAUGGUCUUCCUUCAACAGCUGCCCCGCGAUGGGGAUUAUUUAUUGGAUGUAACCAAGACCCUUCUUUGCAAAGAAACCAUCCAGAUGACAAGCAUUCUGGCUGCGACCAUUCCAUUCCUUAAGCCGUUCCUUAUUAGCCUGGAGUCGGGCUUUCUUCGAGCGGACGACGAGAAUCGCCGAGUUGACACGACUGCGUAUGGAACAGGAGAUGGCCCGAGCAAGCCGACGAAAAGUGGCAGGUCUGGACGGAGUUCGUCCAAGUACGUGCAAAUCCCGGAUAAACACCCCUCUGCACAGCCGUCAAUAGAACUUCGGUCGACCGAAAGCCGGGAUGCAACUCUGCUCGGGCAUGAGUAG